UCGUCAGCGGCAUUCGUUCCGGUUACGUUUUUAUUAAUAUAAUUCGUUUAUUUAUUUUAUUACGUUAUUUUAUUUGCAAUAAUAAAUCACUCAUCUUUAAACCUAUUGACCUAAUACUACUCUUACUUCAAUGAGUCAACAUGACUUCACUUAAGAUUUCACUUGAGAAUUAAAGUUUUUUAUUUAUUGUUGUUUAUUGUUUUAUUACAAACUACAGGAAUAUUUAUUAGAUAUUAGAAGGAUGUAUCAGUCAAGAUGUCUAACAAUUUUAUUAUGCUGGACUAUUUGUCGAAGUUAUUCGCAGCCAUUUGACGUUAAAAUGAAUUCAAAUGACACCAAUAAAACAAGAAUAUUUUCACCCCGGAUGGAUUAUGACGAGUGGACACCACUAGGUCGUGGAGAUCCUUUGAAAAAUGAUCCAACAUUCGAUUACGUUCCUCCAGUUUUGGACCGUGUUCAGUAUUGGCUAGACACCCAAUCUAGUACAGAGGCUUCUUCUAAACGCGACAUCCUAAUUUUAGGAGUAACAGCUAAAAAAACCAGCCCGAAAAUACCUGAUCACUACAUGAAAUUUGGCGAUAGUCAAAAAUUAACAAGAAUUCAAGAGUCCCAGGACAAUUAUCGAAAUGAUUUUACGGGAAGCACAGGCGCGGAACCGCCAAAAUUAGUCCGAGCAACUAAAUUUCGCCCAAACCUAAACGGUAAUUCGAUAGAUUUCCGUAGUCAAAACCGAAUGCAGUCACUUCCUGCGAGUUAUUAUCCAAGUCCUUAUUACACUGAUAAACCUAAGCCGUAUACGAUGAUGAUGCCGCCACCAAUUACACAUAAAUCCAAAAUAAACCAGCAAUUUGGUUCGCUCAAUGACCAAGUUACUGUUGCUUUCAGACCAGGGCAUUUACGAAUCCCUCAAAAAAACCCUCUAUCGACUUCCAUAGCUUUCGAUAAGUCUAAUUUGAUUUAUCAAUCGAGUCAAACUAUAGACCCUUGGACAGCAAAUUUGGACUCAUCAUCAUCAAUAAACACUUGGAUGAGCAAUGAAAAGUUUGAUGAUCAUUAUGAUCAUCAUGCAUCAGCAUCUUCAAACCAUCAAGUCAUCGUAGGGCAAAAUGCGAACAUAAUUGUCGAUGACAGCCAAAAAAAUGAGCAAGUCGUCGUCGGUAAAAAGGAAAUAGUACCGACAGAUGAUUCAAAUAUUCUUUUUGACAACAAAACCGUAACACCAGCUCACGUUAUUAUGGCGAAUACUUCUUCUACAUCAAAUGACGACCAAAGGGUUACAGUAACAGUCGUAAUGCCGACAAAUUACAAGCCCAAUAAUACUGAAAAAACGAAUAUAGAAACAAGUACAGUUUCCUUUACAACAACACCGACAUUACCGACCACGACCCCAACGACCUCAACGCCCAUUCAAUCAACCCGAAUACCAUGGCGCCCACCCAAAAUUCCCCCUAAGGCAUUCCCACGUCGACCAGGACUUUCUGAAAUUUCUAAACCUCCCCAAAUCAUCGCCAAUCAGGACAAUAUGUCCCAGAUGCCUUUACAAAAAUUACCGAGUGUUUUAAUGCAGGCGCCCAAUUCGGUAAUCACCGGAUCAAUGUUUAGUUCGGAUAUUAAAAAACCACCGGGUAAAUCACCAUUGGCGUCGAUUUUGAAUAGUCAAUACAAUAGUAAUAUCCCAAGUAAAAUUGAAAUUCCGAAAUCAACAACCGAAUGGUUAACCUCAACAACGGAAUCACUGAUUACAACUUCAACUAGUGAAUACACAAGCGAUUCAGUUUCAUUGGAUGACAAACAACAACCGGUAGUAACAACAAUUCACAAGCCUAUGUAUCUUAUAAUUCAAGGCCACUCGAAAGUGAAGACAUACAAACCGACCGUUAUGAAGCACAGUUUACCUGUUGAUGAUAAUAAUAAUAAUAAAAUUGUAGAGAGUACGAUGAGGAAAAGGAUGACAACGACAACAAGUCGAUCUAUAUCGAAAUUUGAACAGUUUGUUAAUGACAAUACGAGGGUUGCGCCAACGACAUUACCACCGAAUACUGACUGUAAUCAUGAGGUGAAAGCUGCUAAGGAGAAACGAGUCGAACAUGACAGUUUGCUCAGUUUUGUUGAGAGCGGCUUUAGUGCAUUGACUGCACCACCAUUAACAUUUGAUUCUUCAACAAUUGAUCAAGAUAAUAGCGACAGUACUUAUAAUGAUGAUGAUGAUGAUUUGAUGAUUAAUUGAACUUAAUCGUUUUUAUAUGAUAUUGUUUAAAGUGUUUAGAGGCUUUAUUGCAAUUAAUUUAAUUGGAUGUGCCAGUGUCAGUAUAACGUUUUAUUUAUUUAUAAAUUAUUAUUUAUUCGAUUGUUAUUUUUAUUUUAUUACGUAAAUAAUUUAUUAACACUAGUCUUACGUAUACGAGUUACCAAACAUAGUUUAAAAAAUAUAUAUAAUUUUAUCUUUAAGUUUUAUUAUUUUGUGCCGUACUUAAAAUUUUUUCUAUCGUGUAAAGAAAUUUUGAAUGAUAAUUAGUUUAGAUAAAAAUUUCAUGAAACUCAAAUCGUGACACGAAUAUUUUUUUUUUUUUAUUUAUUGGAUUUAUAUGCCAAAGCUUAAAGCCAGAUGGCAAAAAUAUAAAAUUUAUAUACAUUGUCACAUAGAGUACUAUAUAUACUGAACAUAUAAUUUGACAAGCUAGUAGGUACUAUCAAUUUCUAGAUUUAAAAAAAAUUCAAAUGCUUUAUUUUUGAAACUUUCAAGAGAAUGGGUGUUUAUUAAUCUGAUGGUAGCUCCUGCCAUAACCGAAUUGCAGACACAAUAUGACUUUCAUUAUUAAUUUAUAUCAACAAUUUUAAUCACGACAAAAUUAUAACUCAGUCUAAAUUUAUAUCCAAGUGAUCCGAAAUUUAUCACUAAAUUAAUUUUACAGUCGAAAUUGAUUUACGUAAAUCAAGUAUUUGAAUCGUUUAUUUGAGAAACCCCAUAAGUCAUGUUUUUGACGAAAUUGGGUUUUUUGCAUUUUUGGGUUCUUGGGAUGUCCCUCCAUAGAAAUCAAUCAAAAUAUGCAUCAAAUCAGUGUUUAAAAAAAAAUUAACGGGGUGACAGCAAUUUCAUUUAAUUGAGAAACCCCAUAAGUCAAUGACUCAAAUAAACAUAUGCAGUUUUAGUUUUACAGAAAUCAUUUUUUUUUUUUUUUUUUUUAAAUUCGCGCUUUUUUGGGAAAUUAAUUUCAAAUGUUGUUUUAUUGUUGACUGUUAUAUGACUAGUUAAAAUGUUUAAAUUAACUAUAAUUUUUUGUAAUUUCUGAGUUUCAGAGUUCAAAUACAUAUUUAAUACUUCAUUUUAUCGAUGUAAUAAAUGAUUUGAGUGGAAACAUUUAAAGAAACAAUGAUUUUAUCAUUUUUUUUUCCGUUUGGUUGAGAAACCCCAUAAGUCAAUCAACUUUAAAUAAUUUUUUUAAGUAGUUUCAGUAAAGAAAUUAUAUUUUUCUUGUUGUAAUCUUUUUUAGAGACGCUAACAUUAUUGUAUUCAAUCAUUUAUUUAUUAUUUUGAUGUCAAGUUUUUCCAAAAAAAUGUUUUUUGUGUUUCCUGAAAAAUUUUUUUUCUUGACUUAUGGGGUUUCUCAAAUAAACGAUUCUUUUGAUAGAUGAAAUUUAUUGGCAAUUUCUGAAUCGAUAAAUUUAAUAAAAGGUGUAAUACAGUAAAAAUUCAGUUAAGUUUAUAUCGAAGUCAUACCAAGUCGAAUUCAAAAACAUAACAAAUUAAUUUUAUAAUUUCGAUACUGAUUUACUAGACGAAAAGUUGGAGUAAAUUCCUGAUGAGUCAUAUUUGUAUCACAAUCUGAGUUUCGUGAUAAAAUUCAGAUCUUAAUUCAUUAUGAUAAAAAAUUUUUUUUACACGGGAGCUGUUCGCAUCAAGCAACUCAUUUUUUUUUUUUUUUUUUUUUUAUUUAUUUAAUAGUGGAUUUAAAGUUAUGGUAAUUAUGCGGAGGUACGGAGUCGUUUAUUUUUGGCUGUACAAAAUAGACAAAUAUUUUUUGCACACCUCAAGUACGACGCGCUUUGUCUCUGUUUAGAAAAUCUCAUAAAAUCAAAUAGAUUUAAUUAAAUCUUUAGAUCCUAAGAUUUUUUCUGUAAGGAAAUAUUCCUUAGUUUCAUAAUUUGAUUUUCUUAACUUAGAUCCCCGUGAUCAGAUCUAAUAAAUGAAAAUCGUACUUCUGCUUGAUUACAAAAUUAAGUUUUUUUUUAUUAACUACGUAAUUAAUUAUAAGUAAUUUAUUAUAAGUUUAUUUAUUUAUAUAAUUAUAUAUAUAUAUAUUUAUGUAAUAAUUUAUUCAAAUGUGAGACAUCUAUAAUUAUAAAUUUUACUCUCAUAUAAACUUUGGACUCAAGCUUUAAUCGCCCCCAUUUUUCGGGCCUUUAAUAAUAUAUGAAUUAUACAUAUAUAUAUAUUUUUUUUAUUAAAAAUUGAAUUGUAUAAAAUCAAAAUUCCUUGAUAAUUUAUAAUCAUAAUCAUAACAAUUAGACUCUAAUUAUUAACAAAAAAAAUCAAAAUUUUUUUAUCAUAUUUUAAAAAAAUUUUCUAAUUUUUUCUAAUAAUUAGUUUUUAAGAAUUAGCACUAAAUUAUUGUAAAAAUUAAAUUAUUUAUAAAAAUAUUGUCCAAUCAAAAUAAAGAAAAAAUAUUUGUUGUAUAAAUCUGUAAUAAAAAAUUAAUAAUUAAAUUGUAAAAAAUUUGUUUAUUAAAAAUUAAUUUUACAAAAUAUUGUAUAAUAAUUAAUUGGAAUUAAAUAUCUGGUUAAAGGCGUGACACAAACUUUCUUUUACCUUGGGAAAGUAUCGUCCAGUGAGUAAGUCGGCAUGAAUCUUAAUAACAACUAUUUGGCACGCGACCUGAUCCAUUGUCA